AUGGCUCGCCAGCGUGGAGGAUCCGCCCCCCGCCGUCCUACGGCCGCUCCAGCAGCAAGGCCCGCUGCUCCAGCAGCAAGGCCCGCUGCUCCAGCACCCGCACCUGCGCGCCACUCGUCGACCGCCGCUGCGCCCCAACAGCAUCAACAGCCGGCAGCGCCUGUCCAGCAGGCGGCACCAGCGGCUGCUACGCCCCAGGGCCCAGGACUGUUCGGCCAAAUGGCGUCUACCGCCGCCGGUGUAGCAGUAGGAUCAUCCAUCGGCCACGCAGUCGGCGGCUGGUUCAGCGGCGGCUCCUCGUCCGCGCCCGCCGAAGCCACACCGCAAAACACCGAGUUCGCCCAGCAACACCAGGGCGCUGCGGAGACGCAGACAAUGCAGCAGAGCGGUGCGUGUGCGGGCGACGUCAACAACUUCCGCAAGUGCAUGGAUGAGAACCAGGGUAGCUUGACUAUCUGUGGGUGGUAUUUGGACCAGCUCAAGGCGUGUCAGGCGGCGGCUGGACAGUACUAG